AUGAGCACAAACACCUCUUCACAUUCAACAAGACAAACUCUUCAAUCUUUUACACGCAGUACACAUCGAACAAAUCCAAGUAUGACUAUGAAUAUAAGUAGUAAACAGACAUAUGCAAGUAUCUUAACAAAUACACAAAUGAAACAAACAACAAAAAAUACAUCAGGAAAAGUAAACUUUACAACAAAUGAUGACAUAGAAGAUAUCAAUGAAAUUCCAUUUAAUAAAAAAUUAUUUCUUUUUACAAUAAUAUUUCCAUGUAUUGGAUAUUAUGGUAUUUUUCAUUUAAAUAAUAGUAACAGAAGAGAAAGGUUAUGGGGAGUUUCUAUGUUAAUUUAUGCGAUAUUAAUGAUGAUAGUUGUUAUAGUGAUAAUAGCAUUAUUUGUAUCAUUUUAUUAA